GACUCCUAGAAAGCCCAGGGUAGUACAACUGGCUAAGUAGCCUAUCGGAAUCAUCACAAAUUCCUGUUCAGUUCGAGAAAAACUCGUUUAUUCCUGCAAUGAAGGCCAGCAAGAACCAGAUCAGAAGGGCAAGGAAGAAGGCUUUAAAAAAUGAGCCCGCAGUGUCAUCGGCAGUUACACCCCAAACGAAUCACGAGGCAAAGGACCCCCCGGCUGUGGUGUCGAUGGAUGAUUCCAGUGGAGAUAUGUUGCCAGAUGACUCAACAGAUCCACUGUGGGAAAUAUACAAGAAUGUCAUCGAUAGAUUUGAUGAGUCUGGAGGCCCGAUUGGACAUGGGAGCUCGGAGAAACCAGAAAUUUAUUUCGAUGACGACGAUGAAAUACCGGACGAAGGAGAAGACGAGGAACCGAAAUUGUCCAAAAAGAAGCGCAAGGAACUCAACAAGCUCUCCGUUGCUGAGCUCAAGGCGAUGGUCCGGAAGCCUGAGAUAGUGGAGUGGACAGACACUUCAGCACCUGACCCUAAAUUGCUCGUCCAUAUCAAAGCCCACCGCAACGUCGUUCCCGUUCCCUCACACUGGUCACUCAAAAGAGAAUAUUUGUCUUCCAAGAGAGGCAUAGAAAAGCCGCCAUUUGCAUUGCCCAAAUUUAUUCAAGAGACUGGAAUCUCGGAGAUGCGAGACGCUGCUUUGGAGAAGCAGGAACAGGCAACCUUGAAACAGAAACAAAGAGAAAGGGUGCAACCCAAGAUGGGAAGGCUAGAUAUUGACUAUCAAAAAUUGUACGAGGCUUUCUUCAGGUUUCAAACGAAACCUGAGUUAACACGCUAUGGCGAAGUCUACUACGAGGGCAAAGAAUACGAGACUAAUCUCAAGCAUCUACGACCGGGUGAACUCAGCGCGGAGCUUAAAGAAGCGCUCAACAUGCCGCCAGGUGCGCCGCCUCCUUGGUUAAUAAAUCAACAGCGAUACGGACCCCCUCCAUCGUACCCGGCGUUGAAAAUCGCGGGCCUGAACGCUCCUCCGCCCCCUGGAGCCAUGUGGGGCUAUCAUCCAGGCGGUUAUGGAAAGCCCCCAGUUGAUGAGCACAACCGACCCCUAUAUGGAGGAGAUAUAUUCGGAGUGUUGCAGCCUCAGCAGACUGUGCAGCAAGGCGAACCUGUUGAAAGGGAUCUCUGGGGUGAACUUCAGGCUCCUGAACUCUCCGACGAUGGCAGUGAAGAGGAGGACGAAGAGGAUGACGACGAGGAGGAUAUGGACGAAGGAGUGCAGUCUCCUAGUGGAUUGGAGACACCGAGUGGGUUGGCCUCCGCUGUCCCGUCCGAAUAUGCUGGGACAGAGAACAUGGCGGGUGAGUUUGAUGUGCGUAAGCAUUAUCGAGGCACACAAACCGAAGACCACAAGAGCCAGAAAAAUGCUUUUAGGGUUAUCCCAGAACGACAGACGCACGUGCAGGGAUUUUUCGGAGGCGACAGGGUGUAUGAUCUGAACGAAUCGUCAGACAGUCUGCCUGUUCUUGGAACCGAAGAUCAGAAUCGGAAGCGCAAAAAGCCUGGUGAUGUUGAUGUUUCUAUGGACCCGGAUGCCUUGCAGACAGGGGAUGGUAUUAGCAAGGAAGGCAUACGGAAGCUUUAUGAUGAUCAAAGGCAGCAACAAUCCCAUCCCAGUUGGGGGUUUCAGGAGGAUUUGAGCGACAUGAUUGCACAUGAAAGCCGGAAGAAAAUGAAAAGAGAUGAAGAGAGGCGAGCAAGGCAUUAGGGGACAUGUUUCUUUGCAAUAAGUUGUUUUUCUUUCAAUGCCACUCGCUGCAUUAUUAAUAGUACACAGCGGGCUUUUGUAGGUGCUCGAUUUGUCUUAUACAAAAUGCU